GAGAAUGAUUAUCUGUCGAAGCAAGUCGAACGAAUCUUAGCACAACGACCGUCAGUGGUGGUCGUCGAAGAGAAUGUGGCACGACUAGCGGUUUAUCAGCUGCUCAAAGCUGGUGUGAGUUUGGUGUCGAAUAUCAAGACGAAAGUACUGCAUCGAGUGGCCAGGAGUACACAUGCGGAUGUGAUGCCUUCCCUCGACGCUCAACUGCUACAACAAAAAAUCGGGUUUUGUCCAAUGUUUUCACAAUGUAAAAUACGACUAGCAAGCGGUAAAACGAAAACUCUUCUGAUAUUCUCAGAAUGUUCGCCAGAUUUGGGUUGUUCAGUAUUAUUAAGAGGACAAUCAAUGCGAGAGCUGCGUGCUGCAAAACGAAUAUUACGUUACAUGAUACUCGCACUUUAUUCGGCGAAUCUGGAAUUGAAAUUAUUGAAAUUGUUCAAUUCAUCGAUAGGUGCAAGGUCGUCAGAUUGUUAUGUGUGUUCGUUGAACUCAGAUGAAGUUGAUCCGAAUCCGGUAGAUUUUAGUUCAGUUACACGCCAAUUUAAUUUUGCUAUUUUGGAAUGUACAUUGACUGCAUCUCCACUGAUCAAUUUUGGAGUGCCCUUCUUAGAGACCGCUAAGGGACGUGAAUGUGUCCUAAGACCGUAUUUCAAACAUCCUCUUUAUCAUUUCUUAUCGAAAAGCGACUUACAAGCUGUCAAGUAUGAAAUAUAUGUUUGGUUCAGAUAUCAAUAUCAGUAUAGCUACUUAAUUUGUAAUGACAAUAUUUACGGUUUAGAAGGAAGCAGACUUUGUUUUGAUAUGAUUAAUUUAUGGGUAGAAGUAUGGAAACAAUUUGUACCUUUAUGGCUAUAUUGA